AACCGGAAAUGACGGAACAAUACAUGGAACCGGAAUCUGUAGCAACACAACUAAUCAAGAAAAACAAACAUUCAAGAUGCACGUAACAGUUAUGUAGAUAUUACGGUAAACUCUGAUGGUGAAUUACCUCUACAGCCGAAAUAUCGAUUUCAAUCCGCGACAUGUCGGUACACUUCGACGAGAAGAGCGGCGUGGUCCCCUGUCAGACAAGCUGGGGCUCAUGGAGCCAAACUAUGGAGGAGGUCUUUGUCGAAGUCAACGUUCCUCCCGGAACGUCUGCUAAAGAAGUGAAAUGUCAUUUGGGAGCCAGAGACAUCGAGCUGUACGUCAAAGGGAAAGAGGUUAUCAAGGGGAGGUUGUUUGGCACAACUGUGUCAGACGAAGCUACAUGGACAUUGGAGGAUAAAAGUCUCAUCCGAAUUGUCCUGAUGAAGACCAACAGAGAGGCUGGGAACUGCUGGUCUUCCUUGUUAGAGGGAGAGUACUGUGCCAAUGCUUGGGUCCAGGACCAGAUGCAGAGAAAGCUCACACUGGAAAGGUUUCAGCGAGAGAAUCCCGGAUUUGAUUUCAGCGGUGCGGAGAUUUCUGGAAACUUUGCUGGUGGUGGUCCGGACUUCUCCAGUUUACAAAAGUGACUUGUAUAAUAUGAAGGUUGUCAGUAUUGCUAACCACAGCACACAGGAACUGACUGGAUCCAAUGCAGGAAGUCAAGUUUCCCUGCCUGUGGACGUUUCUUUGAGAUUGUCCCACUAUUCUGGUCCUGAUUCAGAAGUUAGCUCAAUCAUGUUUGAUUGCACCGCAGAAGACAAGUGUUAUGAUAAACACAUUAGUGUUGCUUUUCAGAUGACAAGCACUCCAAGAUAGCUUUUCAAUAAAGUUUUAUUGAAAGGUCCAAGAACAUUUGGAGAUGGUGCAUUCAGUCAUUUUGAAUGUAUUUUUUUUUUUUUUUGGAACUAAAAGUGACACUUGUCAUACAACACAAAAUGGCAAAGGAAAUGCGAGGCAAAUUCCAUUGUCUUAAGUCAUUGAAAACGUGUGGCGCUUCACUCCGUGCCAUCAAAUGUAUCAAAUGGUGAAAACAACUCAUCUUCAACCGCUGGUGACCGCUCACAUGGCGGGUUUCACUAGUAGCAUCAACAUGCUCUUUGAAGGGGAAGGAAGGAAAAAAAAAAUCACCUUGGGUAGGAGUGUGCAUUCAAGACGGCUUAGCAACCUAGGGUGGAAGUUAAGGAUUCUGGG